AUGUUACCUCAGACAGUGACGAGACAGCGCUUGGACAUGUUCACCUCUGAGGAGCAAGAUCUUCUCUCGGAUGUCGAGCCAGUCAUGAAGACUCUCAGGAAAGUAAUGCAUAUGUCCGGGUACCCUGAUGGAGAACCAAUUUCGGACGAGGACAAGACAUUCGUCCUGGAGAAGGUUUUGAACUUCCAUCCAGACAAAGACGCAAAGAUUGGUUCCGGUGUUGAUUUCAUCACGGUUGAUAAGCACACCACGUUCACGGACACAAGGUGCUUCUUUGUUGUCUCAGCAGAUGGGGUCAAACAAGACUUCUCAUACCGAAAGUGCCUCAACAACUACCUGAUGGAGAAAUACCCCACUGUCGCUGAGGAAUUCAUCGCCAAGUACUUUUACAAGAAACCUAGGCCUGACGAAAACCGAGACAAACAAGACGCCACGCCUCCUGGAAAUCUCGCUGUUACCCUGUCUUAA